UUUUUGUAUGGAGACUUCGCCAUCGGGUAUACUAUUCACUUAUAUAUAAUUGCAAUUGGGUAUCACUUCCAAAGCAAAUCUUGGUGAGCAGCUGGUCAAUGCUUGAGUUUGGUAGUUGAAAUCGAGAAAUUUAGAUUGUUUUUGCUCCCAAAUGUUAUUCAACAAAUCAAGAAUUGAAGAAUACGAAUUGGUGGAUCAGACUGCCAAUUUAGAAGAAGGGCCUUCUUCUGCUGCUGGAGAAGGGGAAUUGACUUUCCAAGAGGAGGAAGAAGGUGGUUCUAACUCCGACACGUCGGAGUUUUUCGAUGAUAUAGAUGAAUUCAGUAGGAAGACUCAUCAGGACGAAGAUUUCAAUAGCGAUUCCAAGUUCCAAACAGUGCUUUCACAGUAUGAGGGGGUCAGGACGAUAUCUAAACAUGCCUGUGGCAUUUUAUGUGGUAUAUUCGUUGCUAUAUGGGUUGUUGCGGUGAUUGUUUAUGCCAGUAACUCUCCCAAAACAAUUAUUAAGAAUUUGCAAUGGCAAACCAACGUAUACGAGAUGAAUGGUGAAAACGUUACUUUGAACACGUACUCUUCCUCGAAGGAUAACGUCACGUUAAAGAGCUAUCGGAAAAACCUCUUUUUGCCUUACCGAGAAGCCAUUACCUGGUUGGAUAGAAGACAGUACCCUAAAACCAAUGGUAAUCAGGCGGGUGGUUAUUAUUUGACCAAGGGCAAGGAAGGUAAGUAUGUGGUGAAACAAGCACAUACCAAGUUUGAAGAAAGCCUUAUGGAGAGUGCCCAAUUUAAUUAUGAAAAUAACUUUUUCUAUGUUAGUGAUGUUAAAUUAAACCCUGGAAGACCUUUCAAUCAAAUGAAUGACAAUUAUCAUAUUUUGGUCACUGAUAAGUUGCCCCAGUGGAGACACCUGACUUUUGCCAUCUAUUGGCUCUAUAAUUCUCAAACCAAUGUCCAUAUUCCAAUUCAACCACCUGCUAGUGAGAUUCUUAAGGACGAAAAAGAAUUGGGUGGUGCAGAAAUCCUUGAAAAACUCCAUUUUGCUGAGUUUUCUCCCAGUGGUGACUACGUGGUCUUUGGGUUUGGUCAUAAUCUUUAUUUGCAGUCACUUUUUGAUGAAAAGGAUUCUCUCGUCAAAAUUACAGAAAAUGGAUCUCCGACGGUUUACAAUGGUAAGCCGGAUUGGGUUUAUGAAGAAGAAGUUAUUCCUGAUUAUAAAUUACUUUGGUGGUCUCCAGAUGAAGAAAACUUGGUUUUUGCAACCCUUAACGAUACUAAUGUCAAAGAAUAUGAAUUGGAUUACUUUGUGAAAGAUGCUCUUGAAGUCGAUAAUACUUAUACAGAAUCUUUACAAGGCAAAGUCGAUGGAGUCAAUCAAUACCCAGUCAAAUCGUCAAUCAGAUACCCAAAGCCAGGUACUGCGAAUCCAAUGCUCUCUAUACAUAAUUUCCAAUUAUCAACCAAGAAGCUGACUGCUAUUAAUAUCAAAGAUGAUAAAUUGGGUAUUGAUCAAAUUUUGUAUGAUGCAGAAUGGGUUGACUCCCAGAAGAUGUUAUUCAAAUUGUCUGAUCGUACCAGUACCCUUCUCUCCAAGAAAGUAUAUGAACCAAAAAGAUCCUUGACCGAGCUAACGGUAGCAAGUUCUAUUGAUUCAUUUGCUGAGUAUAAAGGUUGGAUUGAAAAGAUCCCCCCAAUAACAAUCAUCCCAAAGCCUCAAGAUGAGAACUCCUACGUUGAUAAAGUUGUUGUUAAUGGUAGGAUUCAUUUAGGGUUGUUUGACAAUGCAGGAUCAUCUAACUACUCUAAGCUUUUAACCAGCUCUGGUUCUUGGGACGUGUUAUUAAACUCUCCCGUGGUGUAUAAUGAUAUCGAAAAAACAGUUUACUUCCUCGCCACUAUAAGAAGUACCAUGGAUGCUCAUCUCGUUUCAAUGAAUAUAGAAAAUGGGGAUGCAAAAUCACCUCAGAUAAUUACUGGAAUUGAUAAAGACGGGUUUUAUUCGGUGGACUUUUCAAAAGACGGACAGUUCCUCAAUUUAAAUUACGAAGGUCCUUUGCAACCAUGGCAAAGAGUUAUCAACACUGCAGAACUUCACGAUUACAUUAAUUCUCGGGAUAAUAAAAACCAAGACUCGGGUUUCGAUGAGUUCAUUGAAUCUCAUAAGGUAAUCAACAACUUCCAAACUACUAAAAACAAUUUACAAAACGUUAAUCUCCCUACUCGGGUUUAUAGAAAGGUUAGUGUGGGUAAAAAUGCCGAUGGCACUCCAAUCGAAUUGAACGUGAUUGAAAUCUUACCGCCUAAUUUCGAUCCAAAGACUGGGAAGAAACAUCCUUUGCUUGUUCAUGUUUACGGCGGGCCCGGAUCUACAACCGUAACCAAGGCCUUUAUGGUUGAGUUUCAAGACGUUGUAAGUGCCUCUCUCGAUGCAAUUGUACUUAUUAUCGACCCAAGAGGUACUGGGGACCAAAAUUGGGCAUUCCGCUCUUUCGCUACGAACAACCUUGGCUUUUAUGAACCAAGGGACAUAGUCACCGUUGCCUCCGAAUAUAUCGCUGCCAAUAAGUAUAUUGAUAAAUAUAAAACUGCGGUUUGGGGCUGGUCCUACGGGGGGUUCACAACAUUGAAAACCUUGGAAUUCGACGUGGGCCAAACAUUCAAGUUCGGAAUGGCAGUUGCUCCAGUCACAAACUGGUUGUUCUACGAUUCUAUAUACACCGAAAGGUAUAUGGGAUUACCAUCCACAAAUGAAAAAUAUGCCUCUCAAGGUAAGAUUUCCAAAUACGACAGCUUCAAGGCCCUCAAACGAUUCCUUUUAAUGCAUGGCACUGCUGACGAUAAUGUCCAUUUGCAAAAUUCUCUCUGGCUCCUUGACAACUUCAACCUCAAUGAAGUUGAAAACUACGACCUUCAUUUCUUUCCUGAUAGCGACCAUUCUAUCUACUAUCAUAACGCCAACCACAUCAUCUUUGACAAGCUUCUCAGGUGGCUUUCAGACGCUUUUUCAGGCCGCUUCGAUGACUUGUAGUAUAUGUAACUUUCAAUACAAAACCAUUUCAUAAAGUUUUUUGCAGUCGUUUAUAUUUGUAUGUAC